AAACAAAGAUAAGAAUGUGAGUGUUGUUUCAUCAUAGGUCAUGUGGAAACCUCUGUUCUAGAAUCUUUGGUGGAAACUGCCUGAUCCAAGAGCAAAAGAAUAGAUCUGUCUCAUGUCAACUGCAAUAUUGCUUGGGAUGUCAGACUGGGCAGAUUAUAUCAAAGCCAUCCUUAAGGACAAGCUGACAGAGGAUGCAGCUUUGGUUGGUUUUUACAACAAAGCAGUGUUGGCCUCCAAGCCUGGAGGCUUCAUGGCAGCUAUCUCCCCCCCAGAGCUGGAGGCCCUGAUGGGAAGAGAUCGAGGGAAUCUGCUGGAGAUGGGAACUACCAUCGGAGGACGGAAGGUCCUGGUCAUCCGAGACGGCAUGAUCAGCGGCGAUAUGGAACUUCGCUUCAUGGACCUCCGAACGAAAGGCGUUGAUGGGAAGGCCAUCACAGUGGUGAAGACGCACAAGAUUCUGGUGUUUUUGAUGGGGAAGAGAGGAGUGCAUGCUGGAUUUAUACACAAGAGGGCCUGUGCUAUUGCCUCUUAUCUAAAGGAGCAUGGGGUAUGACAAGCUUGAGACAAAUGGAGUUAAAGUUAGAGAAGCAAAAACUCUCUGAAA